ACUCAGCGUACCCACUUUUAAUCUCCUUUAUAAAUAUAAUUUCAAUUCCUUAUAAACUAUAUCAAUCUCCCAUUAACCCCCUCUUUUCCAAUCCCUUUGAAUCACUUGUCUACCGUCCUAACAUUACAUUUUGUAACAUCCAAAAGAAGUCUCCAGAUGCUUAUCAUUCCUUCCAGGCUAUUGUGGCUCGUAAUUGGGAAGGUUGGACACAUAUUUACACAGACGCCUCCAAGAUUUCUGAUAAAGAGAAUGUUGGUAUAGCUGUGUGGAUCCCGAAAUUUUCAGUCAUGUUGUGCCGCAAAUGUCCCCCUAUUACAUCAAAUUUUGUUGGCGAAGCUUUGGCCCUACUCGAAGCGGUAACAUAUGCGAUAAAUCACAAUCUUAAUAAAUCUAUAAUAUUUUCAGAUUCCAAAAGUUGUUUACAGUGCAUUCUUUCAAAUCAAUUUCGUAUAAAAACAAAAUAUCCCGUUAUCCUGCAGAUCAGGAAAUCUCUUUGGGAGUGUAAACUUAAAGGUAUGGAAAUAACUCUUGCAUGGAUUCCUGGACAUAGUGGAAUUCCGGGAAAUGAGUCAGCUGACUGGGGUGCUAAAUCUGCUAUGCGCAUUUCGUCCGAGUCUCAUGAUCUUGUUUACUCGCAUGACCUUUCUCUCCUCGCUAAGACCAGAUUAAUGUUCGCCUGGGAAAAGUCUUGGGCUUCUACAAGAUUUCAGAAGGGAAAGUUUUACUCAAACAUUCAGAAUGACAUCCCUGCUAAACCUUGGUUUUUCAAAUACAAGGACAUCAAUAAAAACGUCACAUCUUGUAUUAGCCGCUUGCGAUUGGGCCAUGCUUGUACUCCCGUCCAUUUAGCAAAAAUUAGGAUAUCAUCUGCGCUUGAUUUGAAACUGUUGGAUCUAAUUUGAACUUUUUGGACGUGAACAAACCCAUUCACUACAGGACAUUGGCAAAAUUGUGGCAACGCAGUACUGCCAUAAACUAAAAUAUUGAAUUGAAUUGAA